AUGAUUAGAAAAUCUUACCUAGACACGCAUUCCCUAGAAAUAAUUCAAAAUGUGCCGUAUAAAAAGCUUCACCCAAAUGCUGCCAUCUUCCGCCAUCAUGCUAGAAGUGCUGAUGCUGAAUAUCCUGAAAAUAUUAUGGGAAAACAGAAAACUUUUCUUUUUACUUCUCGAAUGAUGCAGAAGGAUUUUGUAAAGGCGAUGAAGGACAUCAAUCAGCUUUUGUGCAUAGCGCUUUCAAUUUUCCAUGUUUUUCGUGUUAAUCAAACUAAUGUAAGCGAAACAUUUAUUACUCCAUGUUCCUGGAACAAAGCUCACAAAACUAAAAAGCGCUUCAAUGAUGCUACAUUCAACACUUUUCAAGCAGCACAAAAUUUGUGUGAUAGAAAAUUGUUAAAUAAAUAA